GAGCCACCCUCCCUCUCGACGCCGCGUCCGCCCGGGCCUCGCCAGCCAUGCGCCCCACCGAGCCCUGGAGCCCCAGCCCGGGAACGGCGUCCUGGGACUACUCAGGGUCGGGCGCCCCGGAGGAGCUGGAGCUGGAGGAGGAGCUGUGCGCGGCCCGGGACCUGCCCUACGGCUACGCCUACAUCCCCGCGCUCUACCUGGCGGCCUUCGCCGUGGGCCUGCCGGGCAACGCCUUCGUGCUGUGGCUGCUGGUCGGGCGGCGCGGCCCGCGGCGGCUCGUGGACACCUUCGUGCAGCACCUGGCGGCCGCCGACCUGGGCUUCGUGCUCACGCUGCCGCUGUGGGCCGCGGCGGCGGCGCGGGGUGGCCUCUGGCCCUUCGGCGAGGGCCUGUGCAAGCUCAGCAGCUUCGCCAUGGCCGGCACGCGCUGCGCGGGCGCCCUGCUGCUCGCCGGCCUCAGCGUGGACCGCUACCUGGCCGUGGGCCGCCCGCUGGCCGCGCGCGCCCGCCGCACCCGGCGCUGCGCGCUGGCCGCAUGCGGGGCCGUGUGGGCCACGGCGCUGGCGGCCGGCCUGCCCUCGCUGGUCUUCCGCCGCCUGCGGCCGCUCCCCGGGGGCCGCGGCAGCCAGUGCGCCGAGGAGCCGUCCGACGCCUUCCAGGGCGUGAGCCUGCUGUCGCUGCUGCUGACUCUGGCGCUGCCCCUGGCCGUCACCGUCGUCUGCUACUGCCGCGUGUCGCGCCGCCUGCGCGGGCCGGCGCACCUGAGCCGCGCCCGGAACCGCUCGCUGCGCAUCAUCUUCGCCGUCGAGGUCGCCUUCGUGGGCUCCUGGCUGCCCUUCUGCGCGCUGCGCGCCGUCUUCCACCUGGCGAGCCUGCGCGCGCUGCCGCUGCCCUGCCGCCUGCUGCUGGUGCUGCGCUGGGGCCUCUCCGUCGCCACCUGCCUGGCCUUCGUCAACAGCUGCGCCAACCCGCUCAUCUACCUGCUGCUCGACCGCUCGUUCCGCGCGCAGCUGCGGCGGCGCGGGGCCUGCUGGCGCUCGGCGCGCGCGGCGCGCGGGAGCAGCUCGGCGUCCUCGCUCUCCCAGGAUUACGGCUCUCCGUUCCGGAGCCCGGCCCGCCGAGCCCAGACGACGAACGCCUCCUCGGCCGUGGGCCCAUAGCUGGCUAGCCCGGAGGAGCGCGCGGCAGCGGCGCGCGGAGAGGGGCGGGAGGCAUAGCGAGGUGGGCCGCCCCCAACCCCCUACCUGCCUUCCCCGGACCUGCCUUCCCGAGCGCGGAGAGCGGCCCCGCCGGCACCGCCUAGACCCCGCGGGUCUCGUUAACCAGCUUUCCCAAAACCUCAGCGUUUCGAACUCCCCCCACGCCAGGCGGCUGAGACCAGGCCUUCUCCCGCUCGACCCCGCGGGCACCUGGGCUCUUUGUCUCCAGCCCAAGAAAGGUCCUGCGAGAUGGAGCCCACAGCAGCCCGGACACCGCAGGGUCCGCCGAGUAGGGGAAAGGGAAGUGGGCCUCCCUUCUCUGCCCCGUGGAUAGCAACACUGGCCAGAGCCCCCCAAAAGCCACUCUUGUCUUGGGCUCUGUUACCUGUGGUCCCUACAAUCGCCAUUGCCGUCUGAGAAAUACCUCCUCCAAGCCAGACCCUCUGGCCCCUCACUUUCCAAAAGAUCCUACAGACUAUGAAACCGACAGCCCUUUAUACUCAGCCGUCUUGGUGGCAGAGUUUGCUGAAUCAUUAGUCACCAUCAGUUCAGAUCUUCAUUUUCAAAGCUCGCCAAAGCGUGGGAACCAGUCCUGCUGUCGGCUCACCCAGCCAUUCCUCCUGAGUUUCCCCAGAAGCCCGGGCCUGCCCCAGUUCUGUAUCUUCUCCCCUCGCCCAACAAGCGGCAGGACUCACCCUGGAAGUUAUCCUGGACCUUCCCUCUGGACAGAGAGUUCCGGCAUCUCUCAUCAGGUGUUUGGAUUCUCUCUCCCCUAGCCUGGACACCAGGCCCUUCAGUGUGAGUUCCCCUUUCUCAAUAAACACUCUCGCUGCCCUCGCCCGACA